GGUCAUUGAAGCACGACCGCUGCUCGACUGGGAUAGCUUCCAUGCGCGCCCUGCAGAGUGGCUUGAAGCCAUCGGCAUCUCUCAACAUAGGGACGAAAUUCGACUCUUACCUGUUGACUUCACACCCGCAUCGGACAGCACGGUACCCAUAAGCUUGCAGUGGCCGGAUGCUCACAUGUCCCGGCAAGCGCGCUUGGAAACGGUAAACACUUGGCUGGCGGAGGCGGAGCGGCUGCGUGCCAAAACCGUUGUUCAUGCCGCGCGUGCAGGUCAUGAGCGACGGGUGACACUGCUACGCAGCCGCUCUCUCAAGACCUGGGCUGCAUGCUUGCGCGGUCCACAACGGCCAUCUCAGACAUACACUCCGCGUGUCUUUCGCACGGACACCGGGACUCGUCGUCCACGCACCCCUGAGGAGAUGCGGCGUGCAGCCGCUCACGAGUGGCAGCCGCUGUUCGCUCAGCCCAACCCUCCCUGGGCACAUCCGUUAGUGCAAGUCUGGCAAGAUGCAGACGGACUCAGGUGCCUCUUGCUUGGUCCUAGCAGUUCCGAUGCACAUAAUGCUCCCUCCCUUCUCCGUCCCCUGUCUGCCUCGGAGCGCUCCAAAUGGAUUUCCAAGAUGUCAGCCUCACGACCAGGCCCCUCUGGUUGGAAGCUCUGCUUCCUGCUUUUCUUCCCGUCCUGGGUACAAGAGCUGUUUUGGCUCAUGCUGGACAUUCAGCGCCAACAUGCCUGCAUUGCUCCGUCGUUGCUUCAGGCUGUUCAGGUCAACUUGCCCAAACCCAAAGGUGGCUGGCGCCCCCUUACUAUGUUGGAAGAAUCCUACAAAGCUAUUGAGGGCCCUGUUACCCACAGGCUGUUGUCCGCCAGAGCAGCCCUGCCGGCAGGCGCUGUCUACAGUGCCACUAAUCGUGCCUAUGAGCCGGGCCAAUCGGCGGCGGCAGAUGUGCUGUAUCUUGACGUGAUGGUAACCGAAGAUGCUCUGCAUCAUGGCCUACCGCUUGCACGGGUCCCCGCCGAUUUCGAGAAAUUCUUCAACGCGAUCAACCUGCCCUUGGUUGAUGCCGUGCAACAAGCACGCGGGGUUCCCCCCGAAGUUCGGCAGUUCUAUCAAGCCGCCUUCCAAGGUCUGACUAUCGUUGUGGACACCAAAUGGGGACCCUCCCCACCUGUGCACUGCAAACGAGGAGUUCCCCAGGGCGCUGGAGCGUGCCAGCUCCCACAGCUUCUCUGUGACCUCUCCAUGGGUAGUCUCCUUACGGGCAUCGGGUUUGCCUGGGACAAGUUCCACGCCUUUGCCAGUGACUGGGAUGCCUUUGCGGCUUCGCCCGAUUGUGCUGCCGCUGGCUUCACUGCGGACGCAGCGCCAGUGUCUGGCUAUGAUAUUUGGUCCGGAGGUACCCGGGCUUUCCGCCUCCCCCGCGCCCGGGCGGAUGAGGAGGAGGUCCUCCUGGGCAAGCGAGGGACACUCCUUGAUCGCCACUCUCUGGCUGCUGAUGACACCCUUAAACGCCUGCAGGGCCUCUUGCAAAAAUUUACUUGGAGGCGCCUCAGCUGGGACGAACUUCUUAUGGGUGCGCAGCUCUAUGGUGCUGGCUACUUAAACUACGCCCCUCUUGUGGGCCUGCUGGAACCGCAGGAGCUUCACAAGCAUGAUGCGGCCAUGCAACACCUUCUCCUCCGCUCACUCGGGGUUCGUUCCACUGCAGAGCGUGUUGGCCUGUUAGCCCCGCGCCGCCUGGGCGGGCUCCAGCUGCACUCUGCUGUUGAGACUUUCUUGGGUGCGGUCUCAGCUGAAGUUUUACGUCUCCUCAACAGCCCUUGCCUGGCCGGACAAUUGGCACGUGACUCCCUCCGAGAAGCCAUGCUCAUGGAACCCGCCCAUGCGGAACAGUGCUCGUUUAUGGUAGUCCGCGCCAUGCGACUCCUUGCGGGGUACGGUCUUUUCAUCAACGCAUCAACAGAACGCUCUGUCAGUCGCGUCCUCGACCACAUCGUGCAAGCUCAAGGUCUGUCCCCAGCUGGCCUCAUCGGCACCUUCGAUGCUCGCAAGUUUGAUUCUAUGGUCAAGUUCUGCCGCGUUGGUCCGGUCGCCAACGCCGUACGGACUAUUCUCCGUUCCUUGAAGGAGCGUGGCAUUCCCCCCCCUUCCUGGGGGCACCUGGACCACUGGAGAAACCUCCCUGGAUCUUGCCCUGUCUCUCCUGAAACUUGUGCAGCUGCUGUGGUGGCCAGUUUAGCGCAGUCCAAUCGUGACUGGGAAGUGGAGUGCGGGAUUUUUCAUGUGGCUAUGGCGCACUACCCCGAAGAUUGGAUGGAGCAGUCCUGGGACACCCCUGAUGAUCCCUCAAAUGACCCGCGUAGUCGUCAUUUAGACUCAUUGCAUUACAUCUUGCCGGGUGAGUCUAUCGCACUCUUCGCGGACGGCGGCGCCCGCGGCCAGUCGUGUUGCACCUUCGCGUGUCAGGCGCAGGCAUUCACUGUCAGCCACGAUCACUUCCUCUCCCCGGGCGCUGCCGGGCCACAACUUUCAUCCCGUUUACCCUCAAGGUAUGGCUGGGAGAAGGUGGGCAUUCAUGCGGCCGAGCUCAUGGGAAUGCUGACUAGCCUCCGCUGGUCCCGCCCUGGUGACUGGAACCUGUUAACGCUUGAUCGCUCCUCUCUCUUCCCCCUCCUCGAUGUAGCUGCUGCUGGCUCCUCCAAGCAAGUGCUGGCCAGGCCCUGUCAACACCUUAUCUCCCGCGUGCACGCGGUCAUCCGGGCACUAAAGCAGGCUUGGUCCGACCAGUCGCCUGUGCCGCCUUGGCGUUCCCACCAAAUUUCUCACCCCAGCGCUUGGAACGUCAAGCAGGAGUCUCACGGCCGCUCUCUCACUCUUUGCCGCAUUGCCUUCGCGGAACAUGGUCUGGUUGGUGUUGACGUCAAGAGCCACCAACAGGGUGUCCCUCUCCCCAACCCUUUCAUUGUUCAGGGAAACGUGCGUCAAGAUGAGCAAUGCAGCGCAGCAUGCCACCUCCCCUGUCCAUCUGAUGUGUGGUGGCCCUCUGGGGGCCCCGCCUUCCAGCUCUCCCACCUUGGCAAGGCUGUCUCUGUUCCUUGCCGAGACUUCCUCCGCAAUCUCCUUCGGGCUGAAGCGACAGCCAAGUGGCAAAUGCGGCUGUUCAGGGCAAACUGGCAUACACGUCAGGGGUCUUCCAGCCCGGUUUGGACAUUCGCAUAUUCACCCGCUUUCGUGUCCCAUCGAACUGGCAUCAAUGGCUGCUGCCCACGGACUUGCACGUCGUCGACAUUUCCGCCUUUGCCUAUCGCUGCAUGCGUGCUAUUGGUGGGAGCUGGACGGAGCGAUUGCACUCGGAUUCUAAUCUCCAAGAUCUGGCAAACCGCUGGUCCCACUUAA